AUGAGACGAAAGAACGAGCAUCCGCAGCGCGCGAUGCACGCGAAAACGAUGGUGACGAGUGACAGAGAGGAGAGAGAACGAGAAGAGGAGAGACGAAGAAGAAGACAGAGAGAACAACAGGCUUUGUUGAUGGUGUGGUGUGAUGUGGAGCGGGAAAGGGAAAGGGAGGAGGAAGAAGAGGAAGAAGAAGAAGAAGACGAUGAUGAAGACGAAGACGAUGAUGAAGAAGACGAUGAAGAAAUGACUGUUAGGAAAGGAGCGAAGAGAAAGAGAGGGCACGAGUGUGGCGUGUGCGAGAAGGUGUUUACAUCACCAUCACUUUUGGCUACACACAUGCGUACGCACACGAAAGAGAAACCGUACGAAUGUGAUGUGUGCGAGAAGCGUUUUACUCAAUCUGGUAGUUUAAAAACGCACAUGCGUAUUCACACGAACGAGAUGUUUGAAUGCGAUGUGUGUCAGAAGCGUUUUACUCUAGCUGGUAAUUUGAAAGUCCACAUGCGUAUUCACACGAACGAGAAACCGUAUGAGUGCGAUGUGUGCGAGAAGCGUUUUCGUACAUCUGGUCAUUUGAAAAGCCACAAGCGUAUUCACACGAACGAGAAACCGUACGAGUGUGAUGUGUGCGAGAAGCGUUUUCGUACAUCUGGUCAAUUGAAAAUCCACGUGCGUAUUCAACAUUAG